AAUUAGGAAAACAGUUGAAAACUUUUGAACCGGCAGUCACAGGUCGCAAUAUUAUCGGUAUUUCUCCACAAGGAGAUGGAUCAGCUUAUUCCAGUUAUUAACAAACUUCAAGAUGUGUUUAAUACUGUGGGAUCAGAAGCUAUUCAACUUCCUCAGAUUGUGGUAGUUGGUGCCCAGAGCAGUGGCAAAAGUUCUGUCCUUGAAAACCUGGUAGGAAGAGAUUUCUUACCAAGAGGAUCUGGUGUCGUCACUCGUAGACCAUUGAUUCUUCAGUUAGUUCACACUCCACCAAAGAAUAAGACCACAGCUUCCAAGAAGUCAGCCAAAGAAGAGAAGCCAAAAGUUGGUGAAGAUGAUGAUGAGGACGGGGAAGCAUAUUUUUCAGAUGAUGAAGGUGAAGAAACAGAAAAGGACAAUGAAGAUCCAGAGGAAUGGGGAAAGUUCCUUCACCUGAAAGAAAGAGUAAUAAGUGACUUCAGUGAAAUUUGUGAUGAAAUAGAAAGGGAAACUGAAAGAGUGACUGGAAAUAACAAGGGAAUUUCAAGUGAGCCAAUCAGACUGAAGAUUUAUUCACCAAAAGUUCUAAAUUUAACAUUGGUAGAUCUUCCUGGAGUGACAAAAGUGCCUGUUGGGGAUCAGCCCCUAGAUAUUGAGCACCAAAUUCGUCAUCUUAUCCUGCAAUACAUCAGUAAUCCAAACAGCAUUAUUCUUGCUGUCACACCUGCGAACAUUGACCUUGCUACAUCAGAAGCCAUUAAGAUUGCCCGAGAGGCUGACCCAGAUGGAAACAGGACACUUGCCGUUUGUACCAAGCUGGACCUUAUGGAUCAUGGAACUGAUGCUUUAGAUAUUUUGUUUGGAAGAGUUAUUCCAGUCAAGCUCGGGAUAAUUGGUAUCAUGAAUCGAAGUCAGUUAGAUAUAAACAACAGAAAGACUAUCAAUGCUGCCCUCAAAGAUGAAGCGUCAUUCUUUCAAAAGAACUAUCCAGCUUUAGCAUCCAGAAAUGGGACCCCAUUCCUCGCGCGGACACUUAAUAAGCUUCUGAUGCACCAUAUUAGGAAUUGUCUUCCCGACCUGAAGUCACGUGUCAAUGCAAUGACAUCACAAUACCAGCAUUUACUACAGAGUUACGGAGAACCGGUGGAAGACAAGGGCCCAGUACUUCUUCAGCUCAUCACAAGAUUUGCCUCAGCAUACUGCGCCAUCAUCGAGGGAACUGCUCGUGAUAUUGAAACAACAGAGCUUUGUGGAGGAGCGAGGAUAUGUUACAUUUUUCACGACACCUUUGGCCAAAGACUUCAAAAGAUGGAUGCCCUGGAAGGACUUUCCACAAAAGAUAUACUGACGGCCAUUAGAAACGCAACGGGUCCUCGGCCCGCCUUGUUUGUCCCGGAGAUUUCAUUUGAGCUUUUAGUCAAGAGACAGAUACGUCGAUUAGAAGAGCCCAGUCUCCGAUGUGUGGAGCUCGUCCAUGAGGAGAUGCAAAGGAUUGUGCAGCACGCCUUCAGUCAGGUAAUAGAAGUGAAGAGAUUUCCACAGCUUCAUGAUAGAAUAGUCGAAGUGGUGACUAAUCUUCUCCUUAGACGACUUCCCUCAACGAACGAAAUGGUAGAAAACUUGGUGGCAAUCGAGUUGUCCUACAUCAACACAAAUCACCCGGACUUCACAGACAGUGCCUCGGUUUUCUCCUCGAUUGCGAUGAAUCACGAAAUGGAGCGCAAACCGCGCUCGAACCAUCUUGUGAAUGGACCCUUAGAGAGUGUCAGAUCACAGACUUCCACUCCUGAAUCAAGUCCGCUCCACAGACCCGAUGUCAGUGUUAACGCGUCUCCCGCUACCAGUCUUCCCGUGGAUAAAGUCCCUGCUUCCUCGUCCUCAGUUGGAGGCUUUGCGUCAUGGAUUCCCGGCAUGCGUGGCAAUAGUGCUCAGCCUGCCCUGGACCAAACAAGUGCGGUGACUGGAGCGACACAGUCAUCAGCCACGGAAGAACUGGCCUUACCAUUGUCCUCCAGACAGAGAGGAUUAACAGAUCGAGAGCAAAUGGAAUCCGAAAUAAUCCGGAGAUUAAUUAAGUCGUACUUCAUGAUUGUUAGGAAAUCAAUUCAAGAUAGUGUACCUAAAGCUAUAAUGUGCUUCUUGGUAAACUUUGUCAAAGAGAGAAUUCAGAGUGAGCUGGUAGAGAAACUUUACAAGAAUGAAAUGUUCAAUAUUCUUCUUGAGGAAGCAGAGCGGAUGCAUAUCAAGAGGAAAGAGGCGGCGGAAAUGCUCAAGGCGCUCCAGAGGGCAGGACACAUUAUUAGUGAAGUGAGAGAUACACAUAUUUGGUAAUCAAGACCACAAGAGAAGAGAAAACCAAGAGAAUGCAAAGAAGGGAUCAGUUAACCACGAUAUGAUAUUAACAAUGUAUUUAAAUACAACUGAGUUAGAAGUGUU